UCAUCUGAAAUGAAAGUCUGGGACCUCUGGCUCUUCUUCGUCUUUCUCAAACUGAGUUCCUCUCAGGGCGAGGACACAGUGGCAGAGGACAUCGGCGUCCAUCAGCUGCAGAGGUUAGUGGAGAUGUUGACGUCUAGAGAGUGUGAGGAUCUUCUGAGGACCCUGUCUCACCCCGAGGAGAACAUCUUCCAGCACCUCGAACGCCUCGCACCGGAAAAUAAUCAACUAGAUCUGAAACCUCGAGCCAAGAGAGACGCCUCUUCAUCUCAGGAUCUGGAGGCAGAGUGCCGGGCGGCGCUGACUGACUGGCUGCUGAAGAACGGAGAGCAGACGUACCAAGACAGGCUGACUCGAGCCCUGCAGCACAUUGGGAGGACAGACAUCGCCAUCGAAGUUGGGAAGAACAUCAACCAGGACAAAUCCUUGAGCCUGAAGCGCUACGUCGAAGACUAUCACAAAUAUGUCCAAUCUCUAAACCCCCCAGAGAAGCAAUCUGACACAAAGGGCCAGAAGAAGAAGGGCCGGAGGGUCAGAAAAAGAAAAGUGAGGGAUCUGACAUGGAGUGACCUGGAUCUGAUUGUGCAACGGGCCCCGGUCCCUCUGUACCAGAAGGGGCCUCUGGACUCGGCUCUGCCCCUCUUAUAUGGCCUCCUGCUGGGCUUCGGAGGCACCUUCCUCCUGGGUGUCACCAUACUCCUCGUCAUCCUACACAUCUCACGUAAAACCACCAGGACCACCAGCAGCAAGAUCAGAGUUGGACAUUUAACGCCGAAAGAUGCAGCCACGAGGAGGUCAGACGCUUCAAAAUAG